ACGGUCAAGAGAUACUCGGCUCAUGGUGUUUUCUCUGGUCUUCUACUACACUGGUCUUACGAAGCCUACUACCAACCGUACCGCAUGCCCCAAACGUAGGCCUACACGAUAAUGGCAGACAAAGCACCAGCCACGACAGGCCAAAAGCCAAAAGUCGACACUACUGCAAUAGCUGAGACCCCAGCUGGCUGUACAAAAGCUGUUGAGCCGAACAAAAUGGUUUUCUUCUACCCAACGCCUGACCAGCGACAGGAAAUAUAUAUCCCCAGAGGACAGUUUCAGAAAGCGUUGGAACUCUCUGUGCAGAAGAACUGGGAGGAACUGUGCAAGUUCCCUGCUUACACUGGUCAGGGGUAUGAGGAGUGGGAUUAGUGGAGUGAUGGAGUCAUUCCAGGGUUUAGGCGAAGUGAUGAAGCUUAGUACACGAAUGGAC